UUGUUUGUGCCCAGAAAGGGUCUUUGUGUAUGAUAAGAACAUAAUGGGUAUGAUCUGGAAAAGCAACCAUCAAAAAAUAUAAUUCUGACAGAUGAUUAGGAUGAAAGGCCUGAUAACAGAUUGUUCCCAAUGGAGGUUGAGUGAGAGGCAGAGAAGGGUCUAGUUCAGCUGUACUAGUGACUGCUGGCACUGAAGAGGAGCCAGCAGCAAAACAACAGAUUCAUUCAGACUUUAGAGUUCACAGCAGGGUCACAUAGCCAGAGACCAGACAACAUAUACCGGGCUACGGUCACAUUGAAGGCCUGGAUGCUCAAUUCAGAUGUCAUUUGCCUCUGAUCUGACUUUCCAUAUUAUGAUCGCAUGGCCAGAGUUUACAUAUCAUAUGCAUAUCAAGGGCAAGAUUUUAGAUGACCAAAUUAGUUUGAUGACAUCUAACGAUGAAAUCAUAAACAAGGACUGAGGCCACUUCAUUGUGAUUUGAGGUAACAUGUUUUUUUCUAACCAGAAUUUAUCAAUUAGUAAUCAACGACAACAAGGCGUCUACUUUUACCUUGCUGCACUUUGAUUGGACAAAGACAACUUCCUGGUUCAUGUUAAGAUGAUCCACUUAAGUUGGCCUUCCAGCAGCGUUGUAUCUUGGUGGCAUAAUGUCUCUGUGGAUAUUAAGCACGUGGCUUUUAAUUGCGGUGUUUGGACGCCUGGCCCAUAGCUACCCUUUUAAAAAUGAAUGGAAUCCGAAUGAGGCUGAUUUUGAUGGCCCCUUCACCAACAUGGACUCUACUCUAAGCUACAACAAUGGCAAUUCUAAAAGUUCUUAUUCUGACCCUAGAUAUGAAACCCAAAAUGGUGGCUACUUCCCCCUUGAUCCUGUAGACGGUUAUGAUGGAUUUGGUGGUUCUGAAGGUUACCAAGAAAGCAAUAGCUAUUCUCCAGUAGCUUCACUGGGUGGUGGUGGUGCUUCUUCUGGGUGGGUUCCUCGGACUACAGGCACCGGCACCAUGCGUCUUCCGCAACAACGGUUCCAAGCAGCUGGUGAACUACUGCGCUCUGAAGCAAUCCAUGAAGAUGGGGAUUCAGAAGGUGAAACGCAAGAACGUAACUACUACGUAGACGAUCCGACGUCAACGCCGUAUGGCUUCCAGCCGGGCGAGCUGACCAACAUUGAGGCCUUCUAUGAAGGGGGACAUUUCGAAGGGGAAACCCAGGAACGGGGGUUCAGGCCUGCCGGACAGACGGAUGACGGGCAGACGGCUGAAUCAGUAGGUGAAGAGCCGGCCGGCCCAGCGUUGUCUCCUGACGAUGGUAACCCUACAGUCCUGUCUUCGCUCCGCCACUUCUUGCUCCUCUACAAGAGGGGUCUCCUAUAUCCAGGAACGAUGGAACACUACGCGUCGGAGUACACGGAAGGCAAGCAUGAGCGGGAGGAGCUGCAGAAAUGGCGACACGGCUUGUACUGAUGUGAACCACCGCUAUACAGACUCAAUAUAGCGGCUAUAUUGAUGGUGCUGUUACCAGUAAAAACAGCCGAAGGAAUGUCUCAAUGAAGGGGAGCUUCAUUGCUUGGCUGUUGUCUGUCUACAGGAAAUGACUUGCCACUGUUUCCUGCUCGUUUACUUGGAAAGAAUAAAAUAUUAAUCAACCUG